CAAUAUUGCAUUCACUGUAUUUAAAUUUAUUAAUUUGUAUUUAUUAUUAACAAACCCAGCAAACAUUCUGGCUUCUUUGAUUUCCAACCAGGCCCUAUAAAUUUUACAUUUUUAAUGAUAACUAAUUUAUACCUUUCUUGUUAGGACUAGCUGAACUAACAUUACAUAAUAAUUAAAAUAAAAUAAAAUUAUUAUGAACAGUGUAAAAGUUAGAGAGUAUGGCUUAAGUACGUCGUUGCAAUCAAACUGUGCUCGAAUCUGACAGCACUGUUAUAAUGUAUCUAAUAAGAAUAGGUACUAUAUAUACUCCGAGAUAUACUCGUAAAAAGGCAUUGCUUUAUUUAAGAGUUAGAUUUGUUAUUAUUUUCAGGUUACUUACGAUGGAAUAUAUUAAUGGUUUGUUAAAAAGUUUUGAAGCUGAAGUUCCCGCUUAUCUCAAAUCACUUCUUAUAUACAACGGAUUUGAUAAUUUAUAUUCCCUUUCACAGUUUAAUAUUGAUGAAGACAUUGAGAGAAUGGAGUGUUAUGCAAGGGACGUCCUUUCAAAGGUAUUGAAAGGAGAAGAAAAAAAAGCAAUGUUUGGAAUUGUCAGCGAAGAAUGCUCUCUAUUUAAAAUUCCGGAAGGCCAUAAAAAGCUUUUGCGCUUUGUAAAGGAAGAAUCAGAAAAAAAAAUUAAACUGCUAAAACGUCCACUUCUUUGUGAAAGGUCUGAAGGCUGUCCAGCUGAAAAAACUUUCCCCAAAAAGAGAAGAACAGUGACAAAUAAAAGUACAUCUCGAUCUGAGAGUGGUAAUGAAGGCGAUGGUUUUUGUACUCCAAAUGAUGGUUGUGUUUCUCAAGAUGAAGAGCAAGUUAAUUAUGCGAUGCAGCAUGUUUUAAAUAUUAGUCGAAGCUAUAUCGAUAAAUUUUCACGAAAUGAAUUCGACAAAGGCAAAAUUAGUGAAGAACGAUUACAAGAUGUUUUAAAUAAUUCCAAAAACCUUAAAGUCAAAAUGGAUGGUGAAUUUACUGCAAAAAUAUCUUGCCCUUUAUGUACAUUUAUUUCUUCAGCCUAUUCAGUGAAGAACUCCAAAACCGGAAGAAAAUGGGUGAUUUCAAACUUCCUGAGACAUUAUAAAAUACAUUUUAAAGAUGAUGGAACCAACUUAACUAAAAAAUUACCGAUUAAACCGCAGAAACCCGAAAUUCAGACCACUAUACUUAACUUUAUAAAAAAAGAUGCUAAUAAAAAAUGUGACUUAAACCAAGAUUUUGAAGAUCCAAGAGGAAAUCUCUUUGACCUAACCGAUCCCAAUACAGAUUUAAAUUAUGGAGCUUCGACAUCAUCUGGAUUGCACUUGGAAUUGACUACUGAAUUGAGUCAAAAUGAUUCGUUCAUUGACCAAAAUUACGAAAUUCAUGAUGAGGCACAGCAAAAUAAUCCUAAUGGGGUUUUUUUACACUAUAACACAGACCUCGACACAGACUCUCCAACAGAUAAUCAAUCGUCGAGUCAACUAAGAACAAUUGUUGUUAAUGAUUUUUCUACUGAGGAACAUCAAGGAGCCAGCCAAGUUGUAAAUGAUAUCCCAGUAUCUGAAUUAGAGUAUAAUCCAGACAAUUCAUCUCCAUUGGAAGAUUUUUUCUUUCUUGACAAUGUAGCGGAAAUCAAUCAAAGCAAUAAUGGUUCUGAAAAAGUAAAGUCUCCCAAAGCUAAAUCUUUAUUUGAUGAUAGCAAUUCCAGAAGAGAAAGAAGCUUGCGCAUAUUAAAUGAGUUACCAUAUCAUCAAACACAAAUAACAACUUUUCUAAAUACCAUAAAUCAUGCCAUAGACACUAACCCAGAAGUUACAAACACCCUAAGUAUCCUUACCGAAAAUCAAGGCAUUAAUAAAUUUAAUUAUGGCACCAAAGGCCUACUAAAAUAUCUAUUAGACUCAGCAAUAAGAAACUCUAAAAAUAAAUCAGGACACACAAAUAAAUUUGAUGAUGGAAUGAAACGAUUCUGGCUUUAUAUAUUCAUUAGCGCAGGAAGGAUGAGUUAUGAAAUAUUGCACUCAAAUUUAAAAAAUAUACUGCCUUCUGUCACAACUAUUCACAGACAACUAGAAGAAAUGAAUAAUAUAUUAGAGGGUGAAGUGAGAAUUGAAGACUUAAAACUUUAUUUACAAAAGAGAAAUUAUCCACCCAUAAUUUUUAUAUCCGAAGAUCAAACUGCACUCAUCAAAAAAGUCCAAUAUGAUUCAGCUUCAAAUCAAAUGGUUGGCUUUGUAGCACCUUUACAGGAACAGACGAGAUUUCCUCGCAUUAACAAAUUCCCAGUUGAUUCAGUUAGCGACAUUGAAAAUGCUUUUAAGAAUAAAACAUUAGCAAUAAAUGCAUAUAUUUUUAUGGCUCAGCCAUUAGUAGAUGGAUCACCCGCAUUUUGUAUAUCAAUAUUUGGCAGUGAUAAUAGAUUUACCUCAGAAGAUGUUUAUAAACGAUGGCAAUAUCUCAUAAAGGAAGCAGGAAAACAUGGAAUUACAAUUUUGGGCUUUUCAAGCGAUGGUGACACUCGGUGCUUAAAAAGUAUGAAAAUUAUAUCGAAAUUGUCAUUUACUUCAUUGAACCCUUACUCUCCCUAUUUUCAGGCGAAUUACAAUUUAGAAAAUCCAGCAGUUUUUCAAGACACUAUACAUAUAUCAACGAAGCUUAAGACUCGUUUAUUAAAUGAAAAUAUUUCUAUGAAUAUGGGAGGAAAACGAGUAUCUAUUGACAAUAUCCGGUACAUAAUUGAAAACUAUCCUAGAGAUAAACACUUAUUAUGCAAGAGCUUCCUUGAAUCUUCCGACAAAAUGAACUUCAAUGCAAUAGACAAGUUAAGUUCUGAACAUGUCACAAAUAUGCUUAAGGAAGUUCCCAACGCCGAAGCUACAAGGCAAUAUUUAAUACUGACUCGCAACAUAUUGGAUGCAUUCUUGUUAAAAGAAAUUAGUGUUGAAAGACGAGUAUACCUAAUUUGGUAUUCAACUUUUUUCAUGCGUAUUUGGAAAGCCUGGCUAAAAAAAAAUGGUGAAAAUAUCCAAAAGAAUUUUAUCACCACAAAUGCCUAUACAUGCAUAGAAAUAAACGCUCAUGGAAUUAUUUUAGUCAUUGAAAAACUUCGGCAAAAUGGAAUUUCAGAAAAUUUAUAG